AUGGCCGAAUGGGCCGCUCGCUACAUCAAAAAACGUAUAAACGCUUUCAAUCCUGGUCCAGAUCAUUUUUUCACUCUUGGUCUACCUACUGGCUCUACACCAUUGGGCGUGUAUAAAAAAUUGAUUGAAUUCGUCAAUGCCAAAGAAUUAUCUUUCAAAUAUGUUAUAACAUUCAAUAUGGAUGAAUAUGUUGGUCUACCUCGAGAUCAUUCAGAAAGUUAUCAUUCGUUUAUGUGGAAUAAUUUCUUUAAACAUAUUGACAUUGACCCUAAAAAUGCUCACAUUCUGAAUGGAAAUGCCGAUGAUUUAGGUCGUGAAUGUGAUGAUUUUGAACACAAAAUCAAAGAAGCAGGUGGCGUUGAAUUGUUCAUUGGUGGCAUUGGACCAGACGGACACAUUGCAUUCAAUGAACCCGGUUCCAGUUUAGUUUCACGAACAAGAGUAAAAACACUCGCUCAAGACACAAUCAACGCAAAUGCUCGCUUUUUCAAGAAUGAUGUAACGAAAGUACCGACCUGUGCAUUGACGGUGGGAGUUGGCACUGUGAUGGAUGCAAGAGAAGUAAUGAUAUUGAUAUCCGGAGCGUCGAAAGCUUUAGCUCUGCAUAUGGCUAUUGAAGAAGGCAUUAAUCAUAUGUGGACCGUAUCAGCAUUUCAGAAUCAUCCAAAAUUUUUGUGUGUAUGUGAUGAAGAUGCUACAAUGGAAUUAAAAGUAAAAACAGUCAAAUAUUUUAAAGGUCUGAUGCAUGUACAUAACGAAUUAAUAAAAGAUAAUGGACCAACUCUUCAUCGAACAAAGGAUCGUUCAUCUGUUUUACAUACAGAAAAUUAA